GAUGAUCAAAGUGGAGAUGAUGUGGCCCAGUUAAAAUCCACUAGAUCCUUGUUAUCUCCCUCAACCUUUCUGUUCAACCAUGGCCAUGGCCUCCUCAGCCUUGCUUGUACUCCCUCUUUCUCCUCCUUCUCCGGCCAAAACCAAGACAUUUCUCCACAUUCAUGUCCAACCAAACCCCUACCCAUCUCACCACUACCAAAAACCCCAUCAGUUUACAACUCUCGCUCUUCAAGAAACCAAAGAAGGGGCAGACACUGCUGAAGAGACCACCAAAAAGUAUGGGCUAGAAGUUGGAUUAUGGAAGAUAUUUAGCUCAAAUGAAGGGAAUGAUAAAGAGACAGGGAAAUCAAAGACAGAUCAAGCUAAGGAAUUACUAGCUAAGUAUGGAGGAGCCUACCUGGCAACAUCAAUCACUCUGUCCUUGAUCUCUUUCUCCCUCUGCUAUCUCCUUGUCAAUGCUGGAAUUGAUGUUCAGGCCCUGCUCGCCAAGGUUGGGAUUGCAACAAAUGAAACUGGGGAGAAGGUUGGGACGUUUGCACUGGCUUAUGCUGCUCAUAAGGCUGCGUCACCUAUCAGGUUUCCUCCAACUGUGGCACUCACCCCCAUUGUUGCUAGUUGGAUAGGAAAGAAGCAAGUCAAGGAAGAGGAUAAAUGAUGUCCAACAUUUCCUUUCUUUUGUUGUUACUGUUCUCCUUCCUCAAUGAUGCAUGAACAUUAAUAUAGAGGGCAUGUCAAGUGCUAUAUUACCUUAAUGCGUGGAGUUGCCUGCUCUUUGAUUUUGAAGAUGAUGACACACAGCUUAUUUUGGUGCUUUGUAAGAAAACAGCUCUCUUGUAAUCUAGUAUACAGAAAAACUUGAGAUUAUGUUCUUUUCAGUAAUGGGAAUAUAGUUGCUAAAACAAA